AAUAUAGCCCAUCCUAAUAUCCUAUUAGCCCAACUUCUAAGCCCCAGUCAUCACUGCCUCUCUCUCUCUGGAAUCAGCUGCUCAGCCUCAGCAGUAGCAGGCUAACCAGAAACUCAAAAUCCCCAAAACUAACAACAAAUUAAACCACCAUUUUCAGAUUACAAAGCUUGAAAAAUCUCAGAUUAUUAUCCAUGGCAAAUUGUUUGCAGGUUCCAAUGGCUUCUUGCUCAAUUUCAUCGUCUUCAACCUCAGUUAAUUCAACUAGAAGAAGUUUCAGAACAAAUUUAUCGAUGAAACCCAGAAAUUCUGCUCAAAUUCCUAUGCCCCCAGUUAACCCUAAAGACCCUUUUCUUAAGAAACUUGCUUCGGUUGCUGCUAAUUCUCCCGAAACGUUUCUUAAUAGGCCUCUUGAUUCGGAUUCUCCUCCUUAUUUGGAUUUGUUCGAUUCUCCUCAACUCAUGGCUACUCCUGCUCAGGUGGAAAGAUCGGUUUCUUACAAUGAGCACAGGCCGAGGAGGCCUCCACCAGAUUUGCCUUCUUUGUUGCUUCAUGGAAGAAUUGUUUACAUAGGGAUGCCUUUGGUUCCUGCUGUCACGGAGCUUGUGAUUGCAGAACUGAUGUACUUGCAAUGGAUGGAUGCAAAGGAACCUAUAUAUAUUUAUAUAAAUUCUACUGGUACCACCCGGGAUGAUGGUGAAACGGUUGGAAUGGAAACCGAAGGUUUUGCUAUCUAUGAUGCGAUGAUGCAGCUUAAAAAUGAGAUACACACAGUUGCUGUAGGGGCUGCUAUCGGUCACGCUUGCCUGCUUCUUUCUUCCGGAACCAAGGGAAAAAGGUUUAUGAUGCCGCAUGCCAAAGCCAUGAUCCAACAACCUCGUGUACCAUCAUCUGGGUUAAUGCCAGCAAGUGAUGUUGCAAUUCGUGCAAAAGAGGUAAUUAUAAACAGGGACACUCUUGUGAGACUAUUGGCUAAGCACACAGAAAAUUCUGAGGAAGCUGUUGCUAAUGUGAUGAGAAGGCCAUUUUACAUGGAUGCAACCAGAGCCAAGGACUUUGGUGUCGUAGACAAGAUUCUUUGGCGUGGCCAAGAAAAAAUCAUGUCUGAUGUUUCUGCUCCUGAGGACUGGGACAAGACCGCUGGAAUUAAAGCUGUUGAUGCUAUAUAACCUCUUUAUUGACAUAAUUUAUAAUUCUCGAUACUGCUUGCUGAUAGCAAAGCAACAUGGAUUUGGCAGAGCAUAACAUAUAAAUGGUGGCUUGUGCUGGCAAUGGGCUUGUACCUAUAUGACCGUGGAAAAUUUCUGAAGAUUCAAGAUUUAAUCAUGAAAAGUCACGAACUCAUGUAAAAGCCAAGCUAUUUAUCUAAUGACGAUGGCUAUGUACAUUGCAAACUGAUCUGAAGAUAGCCAGCGUAAUAUAGUGAGUUUUCAUUGUUUCAUAUGCUGAGAUUCUGGAACUUAAGCUUAUUAAAAGGUUUAGUACUGGUUUUGUAGAUUAUGUACAAUUGCAUCCAAAUGUAUAUGAUUUAAUGUUACUCCCAAAUUCUUGUUUUAUCUAUUCAUGUCUUGAGGUUCACAUGGUAA